AUGGUGACCACAUCGCCCAGGCUCCCGCUGGAUGGCUCUGAGUGCCUGGACGCCGCCAGGAGCCAGGGGUUGCGCCAGCCUCCCGCGCCACCUUUGCUGGUCAAGGAGGCUGGGGACAUCUCCUGCUGCCUCUCCAGGGAUAGAUCUGUGGACUUGGGGAUGGACUCCAGGACCCCGGCUAACGCUGAUGAAGCGGUGGAGGCUGCACGCCAAGCCUCCGAGAGAGCUCGCCGCACCCGGCUACGAGCUUCACGCCCGCGCACAAAGACAGUGUCAGCGGCGGAACCACUCGCUCGAUCAAGGGCGCAGCGACAAGCGCGCGAGCAACAUGCUGACAGUCUUCCAACACCGCAAAGCUCGCUUACCCCACUGAGCAGCAGCAUUUUGGACGACAUGCGUACAAGCUUCAAAGAUCCAGACUGUGCCUCGGACGGUACCACUCCAUCAACUUCACAUGUGGGAUCUCUGCAGAACAGGCCAGUGGCACUGCCGCCACCACCUCCAGACCAUGACGCUGGAUCGAGUCCGGCCGAUGAUGCUUGGUCGUGGAAGUCAAUUCCCGCGGGCGGAUCCGCUUGCAUCACUCCUGCUGGAACUGGAACGAUGAUGGAUUCCCAGACGCCAAUACACACCGAGGUCUCUGAGGCAAGCAUGCGCUGGCAACCUCCGAUCUGCAAUAUCUUACCACCGCUGCCACCUGUGUCCUGCGAAUUGCGGUUUUGGAUUGAGGCCAUGGAGGCUGCGCAGAAGGGAGACUUGCUGCAAGAUGCUGCCAGGUUCUUUGACCCCCGCAUGCCAACCAAGCCGCGUCGCUCAGCUCACAACGCUUCCAAGGACCCGAAGGCGGAGGUUGAUGCUGAAGUCAGCUCCUUGCGCCAGCAAAUGCAGGCUAUUUGUCAGGACCGGGACGCGGCCCGCAGCGAACUGGCGCAACUCCAGGCCGACCACAGGCGACUCCAGGAGUCGGCGGAGGAGCUCCGCCAGAAGCAGCAAGAACUGGAAGUCCAAAGGAAGGAUCCUGGAUUUGUCCUUUGUCCGUUUUGUGCAUGCGGGUAUGUCCCUCGUGGUGGGACGGUCAAAACGCAAUGCUUUGACUUCUGA